AUGGCCGAGGCGGCGGAGUCCUUUGCCGAUGCAGUCGUCCGUGUAGAAGACGAGACAGGGAUACGCGCUCCUUGGAGGGUGUGGCCUCAGAUGCGCCAUGACUCGACCAAGCUCGGCGUUCCCCUUUCACUCGUAUAUACUCCACUCAAAGCGGUGGCUAAUCCCUACCGUGCCUCGUAUGCACCCGUGAGGUGUUCAGGCUGCUCUGCCGUUCUCUCCCCGUUCACAUACGUCGACUAUCAAAAGAAGAGCUACGUUUGUUCUUUCUGUUCACUGAUGCAACCAUUGCCCCCCAGCUAUGCACAGAUUACCCCGGAGUACCGUCCAGCUGAGCUCCAUGACGUUUACAAGACCAUCGAAUAUAACCUUUCGGCUACUCAAGCGGCCGCAGGAGGUCACGCCACUCCUCAAGUUGCUCCCGACUAUGCCCCCAUCUUUGCUAUCGUUGUGGACACGUGCUGCGAAGAUGCCGAGCAGUUUGCAAAGAUGAAGGAGUCACUUCAAUGGAUUGUAGAUGUUCUUCCUUCUAACAGCAAGAUCUGCCUGGUCUCUUUCGGUUCUGUUGUUACUGUUCAUGAAUUGGUAUUUGACUUCUGUCCUCGAAAAGUUGUCCUUAGGGGUCUUGUGGAUAUUCCCCCCGCGCAGCUAGAGCAGUAUCUUGGAUUGAAAACAACUACCCAGCGUUUCUUGCAACCUCUGAGCUUGUGCCAGAACAGUCUGGUUCAGAUACUGGAAGACCUUAUGAAGGACCCGUGGGUGCCCCCUCCCAAGUGCAGACCUCACAGAUGCCUUGGGGCCGCUCUAUCUAUUGCGACUUCUAUUCUGCAAAGCCUAUCUCUUCCCGCAGGCAUACCAAUUACUAUGGACACCACAAACGCCACAGCAGUGAGACCAACGACAGGAUUUGCAGGGCGUGUUGUUCUAUUGACUUCCGGCCCAUGUACUGCAGGACCCGGAACCGUUGUAGACAUCGAUCUUUCUAUGCACUUGCGCCACUGGCCGGACAUUGAGAAGAAGACAGACGUAGCUAAGCACGUGAAGGAUGCCCAGCGUUUCUACACAUCUCUAGGUGAACGUGCUGCAACAAAUGGAAUAUCUUACCACGUUUUCAGCUGCUCGGUGGAGCAGGUUGGUCUUUAUGAGAUGUACCAGAUGGUUAGCAUGACUGGUGGGCAUAUGAUGAUCUCUGAGUCGUACAGCUAUCAGGCUUUUGUACGAAGCUGGCGGUGCUUCUUUGAUCAACUUGUUCAGGCUGCCCGACAAGAGGAAACGGAGACCACGGGUAGAGGCGAGAUUAACGAGGACGAGGAGGAGGGUGAUGAGCCAGAGCUUGUCCCACUUCAGUUUGGGUCCCGCGCUAUUAUCGAGGCAUCGAUCGGUUCUGGAGGAAAAAUCACAGGGUGUGUUGGACAUGUCGUCCCGCUUCCUCCUACUGUGAGCACAAAGGGCUCUCAGCAGGCCCCCACAUGUAGCAAUCCUGCCUUUGUUGCAGGCACAUUCUAUGAGGGAGGCUCGAAGGUGCUAAGUCUAGGAGGACAAGAUAAUGAGAUUGGCCACGGGUUUACGAACAGAUGGCUGGCAAGCCACAUAGACUCUGAGAGCACCUUCUGCUUUUGCUAUGAGGCUAAUCACGACCCGAAGAAUGCGAUGGCAUUGACUCUUCCCGCUUACAUACCCGUUCAAUUCCGCACUUUAUACAUUGAUAAUGUCACUGGAGACCAGAUUUUGAGGGUCACGACGUACGUCUUCCAAGGGGCCAAUCCUCUUUCAGAUUGGGCAAAAAUCAGUUCCGAGUUUGACCAAGAGGCUGCUGCAGUUGUGCUAGCAAAGAUCACAAUGUUCAACUUGAUGCAUCGACCCGGAAUCACUACAGACGAAGUUAUGCGCUAUAUAGACAGGUCAAUUAUCAAGCUUUCACAGGCUUUUUCGUCCUAUCAGCUUCAGAAUGCUGCUACACUUGUAUUUCAGCCAAACUUCGAAUUUUUCCCACAGUUCCUUUACCACUUCAGAAGAUCAGAGUUUAUACAAUUGUUUGGACAGUCCCCUGACGAAACAGCGAUGAAGCGCUUCCAGCUGUUAAGGCAAACAACUGCAAACGUUCUGACCAUGAUGCAGCCGGUUCUCUACGCAUACACAGUGACAAACCCCGAACCAACACCAGUGUUCCUAGAUUCCAGUGAGGCUACUCAGGAUCGAAUCUUGCUAUUUGAUUCAUUCUUCAACGUGCUGGUUUGGACGGGUUCAUCUGUGGCAGCGUGGCGUAAAGCCGAGUACCAUCUCAAGCCAGAAUAUGCGAACGUCGCGACGCUGCUAGACGCGCCGAACUAUGAAGUGGAGGAUAUACUCAACGAACGCUUUCCAUCGCCGCGGUAUGAUAACGCAGACCAGGGAACGUCACAGGCACGCAUAUUAUUGGCUCGCGUGAAUCCAACUACAACACAUAAAAGCAACCAGACAUUAGGAGGGUUCACACUCGGGAACGGAGGUCAGCCAGAAGCAGUGGGUGAAGUUGUCGCCACCGAUGAUGUCAGCCUACAGAAGUUUUUAGCGGCUUUGAAGGAGAGCGUAGUGCAACAAGGGAAGUAG